GCGCGCCAGUCCGCCGCCGUACCGCGCCGCGCUUACACGCGCACCACAUCCCCGCGCGAAGCUACACACGCGCAACUGACGCGAUCGCGAACUCCGAUUCCCUUUUUGUUUAUUUUUCGCGUCCUUCGAACCGUUUUGUGUUACCGAGGCGGCGAAAGAAGACGGCGCAUGGAUCGAGCCACAAGAGAAGACUGGUGCAGGCCGCCCGGCUAGCCGCCGCUCCACCCACCAAAAGACGACCCACAAACCAAAGCCUCCAGUCAUAUCUUUCGUUUAAAAUCUAAAUAUAAGCACUAUUUUUUAAACCUUUUAACGAUAAACCGUAAAUAGUAUACGCUAACUCCCAAACAGUACAAAUUAAUUUAAGUCUGAAGUGAUCGGUAUUUACAAUAAGAAGAACAAACGAGCGAAAGAAAAAUCUAUCAACGACCAGUAUUUAAACGUUCCAAAAUAAUAGAUAUCGUUAAACGAGUGCACAAAAUAUUUAUCGAUCGUUAACGCAGUCGACGCAUUUUUCUAAAAUUCAGCCAAAGAUUUUAUAAAACCGUAGUUAAGACUCGUGUGUAAACUGCCUCUCGGGGAUUUUUAUAUUUAUUUGUUAGUGAUUAACGAAAUUGUGAUUAGUGUAGUGUAAACCAGUGUGCCGUAUAACCGUAAUUUAAGUGCUAUUUAGACAGACUUUAACCAAUUAACUUUAGGCAGUCAGAGUACAAAUAUCAAGUUCCAGUGCAGCGAGUGUUCAUAGCGAGAUAGACUUAGUAGAGCUUAUUUUUGUAAAACUUUACGUGUUGAGCGUUUGUGUUGCGGUGAGGAUGAGGAUCCGCUACCGCCGCGGACGGGCGCCAUGAGCGAGGCGCUGCGGAGCGAAGCGGGCGAGGACGCGCACCUGCCGCCCUUCUCGACCUUCGUCGGAGACAUGGCCGAGAACGAGCAGCGCAUCCUCGCGGCCGACGCGCGUCUGCUCGACCCCGGCUGGGAGUACUACGAGCGCGGUGACGGCGUCUCUGUCAUCGCCAGCCAAGCGCAGUACCGCCCCUGGGAGUCCAUGCCCAUCACCGUCGGCGCCAAGGAUGCCAUCCUGCGCGCCGGCUUCUCCUCCCCCCUCGACUACCAGUCCGUCACGCUGCAGCCCAUCAACAAGCUGCCGUCCUUCCAGAGCCAGUUCCAGACGUUCCCGGAGACGACCGUCAUACCAGAGACGGGGCUGCCGAGCGUGACGCCCGUCCCGGUCACGGCCAGCUCCACGCCCAGCGCCAGCCCUAGCCAGCUGACGCAGCUCACGCAGCUGACGACGCCGUCGUCUCCCGCGCACCUCACAACCCUGGCACAGGUCACGCCGCUCUCCACGACCCUUACUACGCUAUCGCCUGUCAACGCUACAACAUUCCAUACACUCACGGCAGUAAACGCCAGGAGCUACCCCAUUGUCCCGGCGCCGCUGCAAGCCCGGGAGCUCGCACCCGCCGGACAAGCUUACAUUGACGACCGGCACAUACAGCUAUACCAACCAAAUAUCGCUACGAUCAAUGCUUUUCCCACUCAAAAUGGUAUUUUACACCAAAAUGGGACAAUCCUCCAUCAAAACGGGAGCUUACUACACAACAUUCAGAGUCCAACCGUAGUUCACGUGUUGAAAAACGAGCCGUUCGAUAUGAAAUCUCUCCAAGAAAAGUACACACCGAACGGGCUACAUCACAGUAAUUUCCAGAACCCGAUGUUGAUAGACAGCGGGUAUGAGAAGAAGAACGGUUUCGGGAACGGGUCAUCACCCACGAGAUCGGAUUUCCGGAAGAAAGAGAGGCGGAAAAUGCGGGCUAACAGCUCGGAGUCCGACGGGUCUAACAUGGAGAUGGGGUCUGAGAGCAGUGGGCAGGUAGCCGCUGUGUCGUCCACCGCCGGCUUCAAGUCGCCGCUCCAUGGGGCUCCACCAAUGAGCACAGGGCCCAUGGAUCUAGACGACAUCUCUUCAGAGAAACAGACAAAGAAGAAGCGCAAACGAUGCGGCGAAUGCAUCGGUUGCCAGCGCAAGGACAACUGCGGGGACUGCGCGCCGUGCCGCAACGACAAGAGCCACCAGAUAUGCAAGCAGCGGCGCUGCGAGAAACUCACCGAGAAGAAGCUUAUUUUGGGGCCGGACGGGACCCUGCAGACGGUGAAGAGCGAGUCGCGCCGAGGUCGAGGCCGCGGCAGAACCGUCACGACGCCUGUCUUGCAAGACAUCAAGGUAAAUAUGAGCUACCGAGGCCGAAAGCCUCUAGGCGGCACCGCAGGCGUCCCCGGUCCCCCAGGCGUGGUCGUGCCCGGCGUGCCCGGCCUGAGCCCCGGCGUGCCCGCAGCAGCGUCGCCGAGCCCCGCUCCGCAGGCGCCGGCCGCCCCCAGCCCCGCGCCGGCCACCACGCCCGGUAUGAAGCAGGAACACCCUAGUCAACCCAUGGCCCCAAUGCCUUUCUACGCCGGCGAUCCCAACAGGUUCCCUACGACCUGGCAAACCGACCCGUCACAAGGUUGGCAGAACCAGUUCAUCCAACAGCUGCCAACACAAACCGGACAGACCACCCUCGACUACCAGGGCAACCACACAGCGUACGCCACGUCGCCGCACUACCAAGCCAACGCCACUUACACCGUCCAGAACGUCGCUACCACCUUCGACGUGACCAACAACACGUACUACCAGGCGGGCGUCCAGGCCGUGCCGGCUCAGCGACCGCCGUCCACUCGGGCGUACACCCCCGUGCCCUCGCCCCGAGCGCCGCACUACCCGGAGUACCAACAACAGUACGCCCAACAAGCGGCUACUCCAGGAGUCACCGGCGGCAAUGACUCCCGACCCGCCUCCGCCGCCUCAUACCAAAGCGCCGUCCCGACUACCUCCGCGCCCGUCUACAGCGUCAGCCAACAAACCUACGAGCGCACCGACUAUCAAGAACACUCGGAGGAGUACAACGGUGAAAACGGCACCGGAGAAUCCAGCAACGACACGGAGAGGCAAGAGAACACCCCGAAUGGACAGCAUUCGGGAAACGCCGAGCCUGGGUACCUGCAGGGGAGCAGCGGUCCGCGAGCUUCACUCGAUUGUAGCGGGUACCCGGGCGGCUAUAAUGGCGGACACCAGUACAGGGAGAACGGACAGAGCCAACAACAACAGCAGCAGCAACAACAACAGCAGCAGCAGCAGCAACAACAACAGCAACAAGACUGGCAACAGCGCCAGUGGCAGCACAACCAAAGAAUAAACCAACAGAUGCAAAACCAACAACUGCAGAACCAACAAAUGCAGAAUCAACAGUUACAAAACCAACAAAUGCAAAAUCAAGUCAUACAAAACCAGCAGCAGAUUCAGAAUCAACAACAACAACUUCAGAAUCAGCAGCAACAGAUUCAGAAUCAACAGCAUAUACAAAACCAGCAGCAAAUGCAAAACCAUCAGAACCAACAUAUGCAACAGCAGCGCGAAGACGCCGAGCAGCAGCUAUUCUCGCAAUCAGACCGCGUCAACCUCAACUCUCGACUUAAGACCAUGAUUCUCAAUAAGCAGAGUCACGCACGCGACGGUUCGGGGACGCCGCCCGACAAAGGCGACCCCGGAGAGGGACCACCCAGACCUCUCGACGAAAGAAAAGGCGGCGCCAUCGCCGUUAACGAUGACAGAAAUACCACCGGUCAUUUUUUAUCGUAUAGCCACCAUCUCCGAGAUAAUUACCGCUUAGGCGAGCAGUAUCCUGCCGCUGGUAAUUAUUCACAGAACGCUCACGCCUACGGCGCGAGCGAGUUCGGAGGUGGUGGCCACCACGUAUGGGAGGGAGGCACGGAAGUGCCGAGAGGUUACGAUAAACACGCUAAGAACGCGAAGACUCAAAAGCUGCCGUCCUACGCGGACGUGCGAGAGCAGUACGGUUAUCCAUCUGCACCGUAUGAAGCGCAGAAAUAUGCAGAAAUGUAUGGUAAUGAUAGUUUAAGUUACAAUCAAACGGAUAGUAAAGAUUUCCAGUCGAAAAUGGUUAUAGGGCCAGUAUCGGAAAUGAAUCAGCAGAACUGCGCGCCGGCGCGCGACACCAACGCACAAACGAGGAACUACGAUCAUAGGGAGUACGACGCUAAAUUUAGACAUCCCUCGGCACCGCUAAUACCUAAACUAGAAACGCCAGAUUCAUAUCAAUACCCUAAAGACGACAGGCUGAAGGAUCAGUCUAGGCUUCCGCAUAAUGUAAACCCAAAUUAUUGCAAAAGCAAGGAAAUGAGCAACCCUUACCGGGAAUACCCAAACGGUAUAGCACGCUCGCAGAGUACAGUGCUGCCACCUAUUUCUACUAUAAAGCAAGAAAAUUUUGGUCAAAAGGCGCAAAAUUACCAGAAUUUUCAGAAUUACCCGUACGAGAGAAGACAAGAGGCUGAAGUGUAUCCACGAUUACAAAAAAACAUGGGAUUUCAGAAGUACAAUCGUAAUUAUAUCGAGCAACAAAAACAAGCUAAGGAAUUGGAGAACCGAGUUAACAUUGAGAGAGCAUCGGAGCCAAAACCGCCUUACUAUAUAGAGCAAAUAAAAUCGGAACAUUCUCCUCCAGGUCAUAAGAUUUACAAGAACUUAAGUUACAAUGUUCCUAAAAGCCAUGAGCCUUAUAUGUAUCCCGGGGACGGUGGUCCAGUGUCCAUUAACAACGAGAUAGGCUACUCUUGCUGCCGACAGGGCUCUACCAAGAAGCCGCCUCCGGAGCACUUACGAGACGGCGCCUGUCCAGGCCUUCAAACCAAGGACGAAAUUCUAGAAGACGACCCUGAGGAAAAAGACGCCAAAAAGCCACCAACCCCCGUCCCAGAUAUAACUAAAGUUAAAGAGAACCAGUUCAACUACUCGAAGGAAUACUUGGAGAAUCUGGAACGGCUAAAAAACAAUUCGAGGACGGAGGUGCCUGACUGCAAUUGUUUUCCUGCUGACAAGAAUCCUCCAGAACCUGGCAGCUAUUACACUCAUUUAGGAGCAGCGGCAACCCUAGCAGAGCUUCGCAAGGAGCUCGAAGGACGCACUGGCUUGUCAGGCAAAGAGUUGCGCAUCGAGAAAGUUUGCUACACCGGCAAGGAAGGGAAGUCGGCCCAGGGCUGCCCCAUGGCCAAGUGGGUGAUUCGUCGCUCAAGCUACACCGAGAAAGUUCUCGUGGUGGUGAAAUGCCGCGCUGGGCACAAGUGCCCGACCACGUGGAUCGUGGUGUGUCUGGUGGCGUGGGAAGGCAUCCCACAAUCCGAGGCCGACUUGGACUACACGCUGUUGUCGCACAAACUCAACCGCUACGGCUUGCCUACCACCCGGCGAUGUGCUACUAAUGAAAACAGAACAUGCGCCUGUCAAGGACUAGACCCAGAAUCCUGCGGUGCCUCCUACAGCUUCGGCUGCUCCUGGUCGAUGUACUACAACGGCUGCAAAUACGCGCGCUCCAAAACCGUCCGCAAAUUCCGAUUGUCUGUAAAAACCGAGGAGUCCGAGAUAGAGGAGCGAAUGCACGUGCUGGCGACGCUGUUGAGCCCUCUGUACAUGAACUUGGCCCCGAAGAGCUUUGAGAACCAGUGCCAGUUUGAGAAGGAGGCCUCGGAUUGUAGAUUGGGGUUUAAACCGGGACGGCCGUUUUCUGGCGUAACAGCAUGCAUCGACUUCUGCGCGCACGCCCACCGCGACCUACACAACAUGAACAACGGCUGCACCGCCGUCGUCACGCUCGCGCGCCACCGCUCGCUCUCCAAGCCCAACGACGAACAACUACACGUGCUACCUCUAUACGUGCUGGACACGACGGACGAGUUUGGGUCGCGGGAGGCGCAGGAGGAGAAGAUCAAGAGCGGCGCGCUCGAGGUGUUGGAUAAAUAUCCUAUGGAGGUACGCGUACGCUCAGUUCCACUACAACCCUGCCGAAGGCACGGAAAGAAGCGAAAGGACGAAGAAGCGACCGACGCCAACAACUCCAACGGCAGCCAGCCGAGCCCCAACGGCCAGAAGAAGCCCAUCAUCCCGGCCGCGCCGCGCACGCCGCAGCCGCCGCCCGACGCCAGCCCGCGCAGCCAGUACAGCGCCGCGCCGCGCACGCCGCAGCCGCCGCCCGACGCCAGCCCGCGCAGCCAGCACAGCGCCUCCCCGCGCGCCUCCACCCCCGCGCCCUUCACCAACCACUCCUUCAACUCCGCCUUCAACCCCAUGCACAACUCUCCCGGCCUCAUGAACCCCAACCUGAGCAACCCCGCCCUGCUCGACAUGGCCUCCAUGAUAGACAACUUCACCGACGCCCAGCUGCAGAGCAACCAGAUAUCCAGCACCGUUCUGGACUCGCCGUACAACUCCUACGAGCAGAACUACAAUCUGCACCACCAGAACGCGAUGUACCCGAACCACGUUAACAAUCCACCACCGGUCGAAAGCUGCCAAAAUCCUAAUCCCGAUGAGCUUCCCGGUUUCGCUUCCGGUCUGCAGAAGAGGGACCAGUUCCCGAACCCUCCGAAUAGCGAUCAGAUGAACCCCUCACAGAACCAGUGGCCGGAUUUCGCCGGCGCCGAAAUGUUCAGCAACGUCGUCAAGGAGGACCCCGAUUCCACGACGGCGCAUCUCAACGUUCCGCCGAACAACUACAGUCCGGACUCCAAUAGAAGCGAAACAAAUUCCGACACGUUGUCCCAAAAGAAUCCCGCGGAAACGGAUAAAAACUCUCUCAUAGCUGAUCUAGCGCAGAAACUUCCAGAUUUCGAUAUGCCAAGCUCCCCGAGACUGACUGAGAUUUCGCAGAAAUCGCAGAGCACCCCGGCCUCGCCGGCUCCUUCUCAAGUUCCUGAGUUAAAAUCUCCAAAUAACAGUACUGAAUUAAAUGCUUCCUUAGAAUCGCGAAAGAGUGUGUGGAAAUCACCAGAAUCCAAAAAUUGGGAUCCUUCUAAAACCAAGGAACCUACGACACCAGAAAACGAAAACUCCUUGUUCAGGAUUCCAAAGGCGCGGCCUCCGUCGCGGUCACAGCACGUCAAUCCAGCCGAAGGCAUGGAGAACACCACAUUCUUGAAACCGUAUCCACCUUCCGACAGAACGCCACUAGCCCAAGGAUACGAACACAGAAGUCCAUACGACAAUAGGUCACCGAACAACACUGCCCCACAAACUGCCACGUCUCAAGGUAAUUACACUAUCAGCCACGACGAUAGCCAGAAUAUGGCCGUGGCCAACAAACCGACCGAGUUUUCCGGUAGCAACUUCCAAGCAGUCAAUCAGCAAUCCUACGGAAAUCAAGCUCCGAUUCAGGGCUACGGCAACUACGCCCAGGUGGCCAACGCCUACAGCUACCCGACAAAUCCGUACGGACAUUUCAAUCCUUACGAAAACACGUACAAUGACUACAACAGCUUGGCGUACUACAACGCCGAGAAGUACAAAAGGGAGGAGCUGCUAAGAAAUCCCCACUGCUACAACUCGUACGGGUAUCAAUAUAAUCCUAAUUUUGCGCCAAAUUUUUAUCAAAAUCCGAGUCCGAACUGGUGCCAGUCGUCGCCGAACUGGUGCCUGUACCCGCCGCCCUUCUCCAUCCCCUACCCGCCCGAGCCGCCGAAGGCGGAGCCCAUAGGGGAGGUCACCGAGGUCACCGACAACCUCGAAUGCUUCAAGGACGGCCAGAUGGGCGGCGUCGCCAUCGCCCUCGGCCACGGCAGCGUGCUCUUCGAGUGCGCCAAGCACGAGAUGCACUCGACGACGUCCGUCCGGACGCCCAACCGGAUGAAUCCGACGCGGAUAUCUCUAGUUUUCUACCAGCACCGGAAUCUCAACCGGCCGAAGCACGGGCUCGAGGAGUGGGAGGAGAAGAUGAGACUAAAGAAGCUGGGGUUGACCCCGGCGCCGAGCGGGGCCGGCUCCACCCCCUCUAUGCGCGCCGGCACGCCGGGCCCCUCGCCCGCCGCGGGCCGGCCCGCGGGCCCCGGCGGCUACAGCUCGCCGGGGCCCGCGGUCCCCGGCGGCUACAGCUCGCUGGCCGCGCUGGUGGAGGCCACGGCGGCCGCGCGCCGCGCCGGCCACGUGCUGCUGCGCGCCGCCACCAACACCACCACGUCGUGGACCACGCUGUUCCCCAUGCACGGCUGCACGGUCACCGGCCCCUACCAGGAGUCGGCCACCUGACGGCCCCAGCGCCGCCCGCACCCCGCCGCACCCGCCGCUCCGUCCGCCGCGCUCAAGCCCGCGCCCGAGUGAGCGAGACGAGAGAUGUUGCCUUUCCAUUAGUAGACUCUAUAGGUAGAGACGCAGUGCUUUCCGACUAUUGUAGUUCCUCGAUUUAUAAAAUUUAAAUGUAAGUCGGGCCGGUCCGGGCCCGGUGCCCCGAGUGAGUUUCCGAUCAAAGAUGUAAUUUUAAGUUAUAUUUUUUAAUAGUGUUUAUCGCAUUUCAGCUAGUCUUACGUUACUAUGUUAGUAUCGAAUCGUGUAUCGUCGAAGUGACCGUUAUCGUGUAGAUUUGUUUUUUGUAUAUUAUUGUCGUAUUUUAGUUUGCCGAAAUCGAUUUGUGGCCCUUUUUGGAUCUAGUUUUUAUUAUUUUACAUUCUACGUUUUAAAAUAGAAUGGUUAGUAUUUUGUCUGCAUAUUUUGUGGGUGUUUUCUAAUACGACGCAGUGCUUGUGCAUCGCAAUGAUCUCAAUUACUAACCUGUGACUAGCUUACGAGACAGAGUACAAAA